CCCUUGACGGUCGCGCGGCGCUCGGCCUGGUUCCAUCGCCCGCCGUCUCCCGCCCGUUCGCGGCGGCGCGGUCCAUGCGGCUGGCGGCGGAAGUCCGGAGCGGGCGGCGGGCGCGCGUGCGGGGCGCGGCGGCGCGGGCAGCGGCAGCCGGCGGGGCGCGGGUAGGCGCGCGCGGGCGAGGAUGCUGCUGUCCCUGGUGCUCCACACCUACUCCAUGCGCUCCCUGCUGCCGGGCCUGGUGCUGCUGGGCUCGGCGCCCACCUACGUGCUGCUGUGGGGCGCCUGGCGCCUGCUGUCCAUGCUGCUGCCCGCGCGCCUGUACCAGCGCGUGGACGACCACAUCUACAGCGUGUACCAGAGCGCGGUGCUCUUCUUCUUUGAGCAGUACAACGGCGCACAGAUACUGGUAUAUGGAGAUUUGCCAAAAAAUAAAGAAAAUAUAAUAUAUUUAGCAAACCAUCGCAGCACAGUUGACUGGAUUGUCGCCGACAUCCUGGCCAUGAGGCAGAACGCGGUGGGGCAUGUGCGCUACGUGCUGAAGGACAGACUGAAGUGGCUGCCUCUCUAUGGUUAUUACUUUUCACAGCACGGGGGGAUCUACGUGAAGCGAAGUGCCAAGUUCAAUGAGCGCAAGAUGCGGGACACCCUGCAGAGCUACGUGGCCGCGGGCACACCGAUGUACCUUGUGAUUUUUCCAGAGGGGACAAGGUAUAAUCCAAAAGUCCUUGCCGCUAGUCAGGCAUUUGCUGCUGAGCGGGGCCUCCCAGUAUUAAAAUAUGUGCUGACACCAAGAAUAAAGGCAACUUAUGUUGCUUUUGAUUCUAUGAAGAAUUACCUGGAUGCCAUUUACGACGUUACAGUGGUUUACGAAGGGAAAGACAGACAAGGACAGCAGGUAGAAAGCAUGACCAUGACAGACUUCCUCUCCAGAGACUGUCCCAGAGUUCACAUCCACGUGGAUCGGAUUGACAGAAGAGACAUCCCAGAGGAGCAGAACUCCAUGAAACAGUGGCUUCAUGAGCGCUUUGAGAGGAAGGACAAGUUGCUUAUGGAAUUCUAUGAAUCACCAGAUCCGGAAAGCCGGAACAGAUUUCCUGGGAAGAGCGUCCACUGGAAGCUGAGUCUCACGAAGACGCUGCCGUCGGUGCUGUUGCUGAGUGGCCUGACCGCCGGCCUGCUGACCACAGAGGCCGGACGGAAGCUCUACGCCUAUGCUUUCAUCUGCGGGACCCUCUUCGGCUGCCUCUGGGUCUCCGUCCGAGAGUGAGGGUGGCUGUGGUUGACGCAGCCAGUGGCGUCCCUCACAGACAGCCCUGCAAAACUCUGCUUCCUGAAUUUAGCAAGGAGAUAAGUAAAUAAAGCCUUGCUGAUUGAAUGUUGGGUAAAAUAGGAUUUAUAUGAAAGCCAGUGUGCGUGUGAUGUGGGCAGAUGUUGCUUCUCAGUGUUAGUGCAGGAGCUGCUGAAGAGGUCCAGGCUAAGCAGAGUCCACACUGUUCUUUACACCUCCCUGAACCAAUGUCACCCGCAGACAACUGUUAGGACUGUGAUUUGCUACUGCUUUAAAAUUCAGAUGGCGCCUUUUAACAUUCCUGUGCCGAGUAUUUCAUGGUGUUUGUUAUUUUUAGUGUCUGGCCACCCGACAGCUGCACACUCUCACUGAGGAAGUGCUCCGCAGCUGGCUGGGCAGGGCUCGGCCCAUGGCUCGAGUCUGCGCCUUGGGAAAUCGGGCAUACAGGUGUGGGGACUCUGGGAAGGGCGAGAGGCUUUGCCAGGUAGCAGCUCUUUCAGGGUGUAUUUUACUGAUUGCAUUAUUAGCUGAUUCUGCUUCAUAUUUGCAAAAUAAUAUUUCCUAUUUGUUGAAAUCACUUAAUUUGCAUAUCCUGUAGACUACACAGAAGAAUAAGGCAGAAGAUGUCAAAGUGAAGUCUAGGUCCCAAUCGUGACAGAUGCACAGCAUCCAGACUGGGACUGACACAGCCUGCGGGGCUCAGGGUGCCCCUAGUAACUCCCAGCGUCUACACGGUGCGUGCUGCAACAGGAUGGUUCCUGUAUACCCAAAUGACCCGCAGACCCUGAGCCCUCAGACAGUGGAGGCUGCAGGACGGGGAAUGGCAGCAGCACGGGCAUCUGUGGCCCUGUGUGAUGAUGGCCGUGUUUGGGGGUCUGAAAUUGUAUCAGUGACAGAGGCGAAGUAUACCAGUGGACUGAUAAUGAACAGAAUACCUGAAGGAAAUCGUGUCUGGAUGUUAGUUGCUUUUUCCAAGCUAGAAAAUAAGCUAUCUCUGCAGCAGUCUUGGAUUGGCACGUGGUGUGGGCGGGUGUCUGCUGUUGCCAUGGCUGUGCAUGCGGGACUCCUGACCCCGGGCCCCAAAGUGCGAGCAGCUCGUUAGGGGUGCACUGUGACCAGCGGUGCUGUGGCCUUCCCCAAGAGUGAGAUUAGUCAACCCCUUGACUUUGUCAAAUGCAGUUUUAACAGCGAUGAUUUGUAGCUUAUUUCUGACAGAUCAAAAUCAGUGUGCACUGUGACACUUUGAAUAUCAUGGGUCUACUCCCGUUUUAAACUCUGAGAAGCAGAAUCGCUGGCUUGUGUGGAUUAUAACUGAUUUUAGCCAGGCAAAGUGACCUCCCUGAACACUGUGUAACCAGGCCUGUGCCCACACACCUCUCCCCAAAGGCUUAGGAGGUGGUGGUGUGGAAAAAACUUGUGUAUCAAAACGGAGUUUGUCUUCCAUAUGUUGAUUUUGACUUGAAUUACCCAUCUAAAAUGAAAGUCUCUCUGCCUAUCCAUAAAUCUUUUCAUACAGUAUCAUUUAAGUUUUUGUUUGUAUUCCUCUUGAUUUAAAGCCUACUUAUUAUUUAACUUUCCUUUAUAAGACUGCCAUCAGGGUGCAUGUUUGUUUUUCAGCAAAAGGUGUCUCUGGAGGGAAGCAAUAAAAUAAAGUAAAAUAAAAUCUUU